UUACAUAAGCAAAGAAAUGAAGAAUAUAUUCACAUUUAGGAAGCUGAAAAGAUGCAAAUUAAACGAUGGCGAUUAAUUUAGUGAUCGAUUAAUAAUCACUUCUUCGAGUAAUUGUUUCAGCUCUAUGGUUAAGUUAAGGUUAGGGUUCCUGAGGCCAACAUCCCAUUUUCCCAUUCAAAGCAUGAGCUGUUAGCCCUUUCAGUCACAGGUUGACCUGCACUGCACAGUAUAUAAUCCUCCAUCUGUCCAAGCAGGAGACAGUGACAACCAUAAUAAUUAUUUUAGCUCUCUAUUUGAAGUGCCAGUUUUAUAUAUAAAAAAAAAAGUAAGCUAUGAAACAGUAAUACUCACUGAAUGAACAGCAAUUUUCUUGAUUUUUUUGCCUGAGGAGGAGGAGGAGCCUGUGGUGGGAAACUUUGCAAACCCCUGAUCAGGUUGAGGAGUUUUUGUUUUAGUUUCAUUAGAUUUCAUUCAUACUCACUGACUGCCUUUGUCUCUUUUGUACAGGGGCGUCCUGUAAGUCCUGACAGAGAAGAGGAGUCGUCUUUGCCAUAGCAAAGUCCACGUCCCUCCUGCCACCACCUGUUUACUUAUCACUCUCAAUCUCUCCAUAUCCCACAUCAUCGAUCACCAUGACAACCUCAGCCCUGCGCCGGCAGGUGAAAAAUAUUGUGCACAACUACUCAGAAGCGGAGAUAAAGGUUCGUGAGGCCACCUCGAAUGACCCGUGGGGCCCGUCGUCAUCUCUCAUGUCCGAGAUUGCAGACUUGACUUUCAAUGUGGUGGCAUUUGCUGAGGUCAUGGGCAUGGUUUGGAAACGCCUCAACGACAGCGGCAAGAACUGGAGACACGUUUACAAGGCCCUGACUCUGCUGGAUUACCUGUUGAAGACAGGAUCAGAGAGAGUGGCCCAGCAGUGCCGUGAGAACGCAUUCACUAUUCAGACACUGCGGGACUUCCAGUACGUGGACCGCGAUGGCAGGGACCAGGGGGCCAACGUGAGGGAAAAAGCACGCCAGCUUGUGUGUCUCCUGCGAGAUGAGGAGCGGCUCCGCCAGGAGAGGAGUCAAGCCCUAAAGACCAAGGAGCGAAUGGCUGGGGGAGGCAGUGGAGGAGGAAGCGGAGGCGUGUACGGAGGCAUACCUCCAUCCUACCACCCAGGCAGGCGAACGAGCCAGCCCAGCAUGGCUGUGCUGUACGGAGAGGAGUUGAGCCGCUCCAGAGGCUCCCCGUCCUCCUUUAACUCCUCAUCAUCAUCUCCUCGCGCCGCCUCAGACCUGGAGCAGGCUCGACCUCAGACCAGUGGCGAGGAGGAGCUGCAGCUCCAGUUGGCCUUAGCAAUGAGCAGGGAGGAGUGUCAGAAGGAACAGCGCUGUCGCCAAGGAGACGAGUCUCUGUUACAGAAGGCCCUGGAUGAGAGCCGGAGAGAGAGCCAGUCAGAGACACAGGAGUCAGCCAUGUUGGACCUUGUGGACAUAUUUGGCCCAUCGUCUGAGCCCCCACCUCCUCCCGGUGACCCUUGGAACUCAGCCCAACCCACCUGUGACAUCACCUCUGACCCCUGGGACUCUGUAGUUCACUCCAGCAGUCCUGUAGUUGGUAGCCCGUGGUCUGCUCUUCCUCCCUCUUCCUCUAGUGCAUCCAAUCCCUGGGCCCCAUGUGCCAACUCGCACACAGACCCCUGGGAAGGAGCACCAAUCUCCUCCAGUCCUGUAAAUCAUGCAAGCGACACUCCAGCAGAAGAAGGUGUUGAUGGGACCGAUCCAUUUGCACAUGAGGAGGAAAAGCCUAAACAGGAAGUUCCACAAGUGCCCUCUCCCCAACCUGCAAGCCCCACAGAUGCAGAGGUGUUUGGAAUGAAACCAGACUUAGAUCCAUUUUCUGGAGCAGAUUCUAAACCGGAUGCGUUUGGGGCUGAUCCUCCUGGGAAACCACAGGUCAAUGGACGGGAGUCUGCCAGCCCAGAGAUGUUUGACCUGUCCCGGCUAGCACCUCCGCUCAGUGCACCACGGGUGUGUCGGACCCCAGAGACCUUUCUGGGACCUACAGGGGCCUCGCUGGUCAACUUAGACGCUCUGAUAACCUCCAACCCCCCAAGCAAAAUGCACAAUAAUCCCUUCCUCUCAGGUCUGAGUGCUCCGUCUCCUACUAACCCCUUCCUCUGCGACCAGCCUCGCCUUACCCUUAAUCAAAUGCGACCAUCCUCCACCUCCCCACUGCCCCCUCACAUGCUCUCCUACAGCCCGUCCCUGCCUCUGCCUCUUCACCACCAGCCCCCCAUCAUCCCCUCGUCUCUCACACAACCACCUGCAGGACUCCUGGACCUUCCCUCUAACCUCCCCCAACCACUGCUUCCUCUGUCUCCACGGCCGGCAGCUCACACUCAAUCACAGACACAGACGUACAGCCACAACCCCUUCCUCUGAGACUCCAUCUUCACCCUUCAACCUCUGGUCCGCAGCGGGGGACAACCACAUGGGCUCAUUUCGGAUCAGUUUGUACUGACGACAGUGAGACUAGUUUAAAUGAACUCGAUCCCGGUCUGAUGCCAUUAUGCACACGCGAAGCAGAUAUAAACUCUUGGAUGAUUGGAUGUAUCUGUGUCUGCCUGAAGACACGUCAGCUGCUAUAUUACGUAAACUCUUGAAGAAAAGCUUAGACUCGCGCACACACAGUCACACACUCAGGCAUACUUCAGGGUGCACAGACACACACGUUAUGCACAGAUACAAACACAGACUUAACAGGGUGCAUCUCUACAGUCCCUUCAAUGCCUUUUUUUCCCCCGGUUUUAACAGUGACAAUACCACGCACCUUCUCACCACAGACACAAUGUGUUACAAUGUGAAAGGGAAGGAAGCCACACACUGAUUGUUCACCUAGUUUCACCAGGAUCCUCACCGCCGCUGCUUCACCGACAAAAGCAUGAAUGCAUCCCAACCUUUAAGACUCUUAACUAUUCUAUUCUGCUGAGCGCCUGAGAUGAGAUCUUCUAAUAAAUCCUCCUCUUCUGAUGA